UUUGUUCUCUGCCGCGUAAAUAUUAUCCUUCUCCACCGCCCCAUCAGACCCUGUUGAAGGAAGAAGAAGCGGGCAUGGCUGCAUGUAACUUGGCAUCCGCUGCGGCGGGGUUUGUGCUCUCGUCAGGCGCAAGCGCUUCUCGGAAUGGUUCUGUGGCGUUCGCACUUAGGAGCAGCAGCCCCGGUGCAGGCAGCUGCCUUUCGUCGAGAAGCGGCAGCAGGCUGGUUGUGCGCGCGUCGGAGGAAGCAGCAGCGCCGCCUGCCGCCACCACUAAGCCCCCGCCGGCUGAAGGGGAAGCCAAGGCUCCUAAGCCGCCUCCCAUCGGACCAAAGAGAGGCACCAAGGUGAGAAUUCUAAGAAGGGAAUCCUACUGGUACAAAGGCAUAGGAUCCGUUGUAGCAGUGGAUCAGGACCCGAAGUCCCGAUACCCAGUUGUGGUCCGAUUCAACAAAGUGAACUAUGCGAAUGUUUCGACUAAUAACUAUGCACUGGAUGAGAUUGAAGAAGUGAAGUGAAGUGAAGAUUAAUGUUAAUUAGUUGCAUCUGUGUAGCUGCUUGAAUCUGUAUAAUAGACUUAUAAUCCGUGUAUUUCAUCCUCUAUUAUUCCUACUGAUAGUUUUGCCUUAA